AUGAACAAUUCUGGGGAAAAUCGUCAGCAACAGGGAGAAACGAAUCAGAAUUCUGGUGACAAACCUCAAUGUGACGAUUCUGACUAUUACGGUCUUUUAGGCAUUCCAAGGGAUGCAACACAAGAGCAGAUCAAAAAGGGAUAUAAGAAAAUGGCUUUGAAGUAUCACCCAGACCAUGGUGGGGAUGCUGAAAUUUUUAAGAAGGUUUCUCAAGCCUACAGUGUGCUUUCUGACCCAGAGAAGAAGGAGAUUUACGACCAGUAUGGAGAAGAGGGUUUGAAGGAGGGUAUGGGAGAUGGCGCGAACGAGUCCAUUGAUCCGUUCGAUGUUUUUGGCUCCUUCUUUUCCUUCAAUCCUUUUGACGAUGAAAUGGAUGGUUUUCCGUUCUCUCGAUCGGGCCGAGGUCGCAAGGCGAACCGCGGAUCCUCGAGGCCAGAGGACAUCGUUCAAGAGGUCAACUGUUCCCUAGAAGAGCUCUACACGGGCGCAAAGCGUACUGUUUCAUUUAAGCGCCACGUCGUCUGCAAGAACUGCAACGGUAGUGGAAACAAAGGCAAUGGCAGUUCGACCUGUCGUCGUUGCGGCGGUCGCGGUGUCCAGGUGAAAACAAUUCGUCGCGGCAACUUCGUCCAGCAAUCGCAAACGACCUGUCCCACAUGUCGUGGCAGCGGUCGCUACAUCGCGAAGAAAGACCAAUGCAUGGCUUGUCGAGGCGAAGGAAUCAUCACCGAAUCGCAGAAAUGCGAAAUCAAGAUCCCACUUGGCGCAUUAGACGGGGAAACCAUCCGCAUGCGCGGAAUCGGCGACCAAUUUGCGGGAGGAAAAGAAGGCGACGUGGUGUUUGUAAUCCGCGAGCAGCCCUCCUCCACGUUCAUCCGGCGCGAUGAAAACCUUCUCAUGUCGCUGUCGAUCUCGCUCGCCGAGGCGUUGUGCGGGUUUUCGCGCGUGAUCGAGAUGCCGGAUAAGCGGAAACUGCAGAUUGAGAGUCCCGCGGGGAAGAUUAUCGAACCCGGAAUGGUGAAGGUGGUCAGCGGAGAGGGAAUGCCGUCGGACCAGAAGCGGAAGGGCGAUUUGUAUGUGCGGUUUGAAGUGCAAUUCCCGAAAUCGCUCGAAGAGGCGCAGAUUGCCAAGAUGAGCGAGGCGUUGGGAUAUGAGAGGAAUGGAGGGCAGGAAGAGGAUGUGGUGGAGACGGUGACGAUGGAGGACGUGGAUCCGAGCCAGUUUGCAGAGGCGAAUCGGAACCGACGGAUGAGCGAGGAAUCGGAGUCGAGGGAUGAGGAAUAUGGAGACUAUCGGGAUGAAAGAGGCUAUGGAGGGCAGUCGAAUCAGCAAGAGUGCUCGAUUAUGUAA